AACCAGACAAGAGAGGCUGAGCUUGGAGCUGAAUGGAAGUUCUCAAGAAGCUGCAGAUAUGUACUUUCCUUUGGUGGCAGUUUGAAGGAAACUAAAAGAAUAUCUUGCCUCCAUCGAUCGCGUUAAAAUGUAUUGUGUUCUUUUCUUGAAUGGGUGAAUAUUUUCUCAUUUUGCACUCCUCUUUUGGUACAUUGCUUCUCUAGUUGGGCAUGAUGUGACAAAGGUAGCUUGUUGCCUUGUAAGACCUGAGAUGUUAAGUGCAAUGCAAGCUACAUUCAGGCAAAUUAUUAUAUACUUAGAAGGCCUUUUUAGAGAUCAACACAAACAAUCAUAGACAUGGAACUGCAAAACUGCAAGACUUGGACUGCAGAGGCAGAAAAUUGAUGACCUAAGCCGGUGGAAAUGAGAUGCCAGAGCUGCUAAUGAAGGAAUCAGGGAAUGUAAGAAUACACAAACGAUACUAAAGUCCCAAAUGCAUUCCAAGAACGAAGGCAGGGUCUCCGCUUCCAGCUCCCUUGGCUACAAGCACCACCAGCUCCUCGCCCACCACAAGAUGCCCCCACUGCUGAAAGCCAAACCCCUAUACAACCCACCAUGACUCGUGCUCAGAGGCCACCUUUUAGACCUCCAGGCUCAGCCCAGGCCCCAGUCCCUCCACAAGCUCAAGCAUCACCAAGAACCGAAUCUCAGCCGUCUUCACCAUCACGUGCAACCGCUAGAACCAGAGUCACUUCUCAAACAGCAUCAUCAUCUCGUGCAAUGACACAGUCCCGAGCUGCCUCUCAACUCCCCUCGCCAUCCCGUGCAGCAGCACAAUCCAAAGCUGCCACUCAACCUCCAUCACCAUCUCGUGUAACCCCUCAAACCAAGGAUGCCCCUCAGCCCUCGUCCGCAUCUCCCAAAGCAUUGGAGACUCAACCAGCUUCACAAGCAGCCCCACAGCCUCAAUCCCCACCCAAAUUGGCCUCUCAGCCUGCAGCCCAAACAUCCGCACUGCCUUCUUCUCCAUCUCUCACAGCCACUCAAGCACAAUUACAACCCACGACCAAAGAGGGGCCUGAGCUGCCUCCAGUUUCCACUGAGCUCCCUCUGCCUAUCUCUCAAGAAGAACCAAAGCCAGCAAGGUCUCAGCCAGAGUCACAAAAGCCGCAACUGAAGGCAGAAAGGACAUCUGAGAAUGUUUUCAACACCCAGGACAAAACACCGAGUCAAAUAACUUCUACAACAGCUGUGGAGACACCUGUCCCAACUCAAAAAUCAGAUUCUUCUCUUGUUGGUGCAGAACCUAAGCCCCUUCAAAAAUCAGAUGGAAUUCCGGAAGAAACUAUAGAAGGGAAGGAAAUGGUGCAAGAACUCGGAAACAAACAGAAGAUCAAUGGUGUCAAUGAGGAACCAAAGGAGAGGACUGUGACUGAGCUCACAGAAGCACCAGGCUCAAAAGAACCAACCAAAAUGCAGCCAAGUGUUGCAUUUGAAGCAGAGCAAGAAAAAGUGAAGGAUGAGAUUAUCAGUAGAAAGGAGACAUUAGCCACCUCCAACUCUAACCAAAAACAAACCAAAAUUGUGAUUUCAAACCUAAAGGACAAAAACACGGUGACUGACUCUCGCCAUAAGCCCACCAUACCCAAAGGGGAACAAACCCCCCUACACAAAGAGAUUAGGGACGAUAUUUCUAAGUUUGUUAAUAAGAUGGCUAAUCAACAGCCAAAGCAUCUGAUAGAUGAGAAACCAGUUACUGUUAUAACACUGGCUGGUGAAAACAGAGGAGCAUCCAUGCAACUUGGUUCAGAAUCAGCGAAAAAAGAUGGGGCAAUCCACAUCCACAGGGCGUACAAGAUCAACCCCGAUGAGAGCAAUGAAGCUACCACUGAUGGAGAGGGAAGCUCCAAGGGAAGACAGUCGAAAGAUUCAAAAACUGAAGAAGAUCAGGCAUCAAAAACAUAUAUAAACAGCAAUGUACAAGCCAUCAACAACUCUAUUAUGCUUAACGGUUCCAUUACUGAAAGGAAUCCUGGUGUGCAGAUGGUUCAUUCUCACAAGCUAACAGAACCUGUCAAGCCAACUAGAAGAAUGGGGUCCCUUGAGACGCACAAGGCUGAAUUCAAUGUUACAUCUGCACAGAAGCUUACUUACAAGCCCACAAUCAGAAGAAGAUGCUUGAGAGGGCUUUUCAUGGAAUCAAGUGAUUCGGAUCCAGAUAACCCUGAGAAGCCUCGACGUCACGGUUGUCGCUAUGGCUGCAAGAGAAGAAGAGAUAACGAGACAGAUGUUCUGUAAUCAAUUUCUUUGCAAUAAUUCAUGGCUCUUUCUCCAGCAAAUAUCAAAUAUUUGUGUACACAACAAGAAUAAUGUUUACAGUAAA